AUGGGCCCCGCCGCGCGCCUCGAGCGCACCGUGUUUGUCACCGUCGGCACCACCAAGUUUGACGCGCUCAUCCGCGCCGUGGACCAGCAGGCAUUCGCCGACGUGCUGGUGGCGGCAGGGUACACGCGCCUCGUCAUGCAGAUUGGCAGGUGGGCAGGGGGUGAGGCGGUGGGAGGGCCGGGCAGGAGGCUUGUUGUGGAGUACUUUGACUUUGCGCCCUCGCUGGCGGAGCACCUGCGCGCCGCCGCGCUCGUCAUCAGCCACGCGGGCUCUGGCAGCAUCUUUGAGGCGCUGCGCCUGCGCCUGCCGCUGGUGGUGGUGCCCAACCCUCUCCUCAUGGACAACCACCAGGCGGAGCUGGCCACAAAGCUGGAGAGCGAGGGCUAUCUGUUCGCGGCCACCACCGAUGGCCUGGCGGCGGUGGUGGCGGGCAUGAACCCCGCGCGCCUGGUGCCCUACGAGAAAGGCGACCCUGCCGGCAUCGUGCGGCACAUAGACGGCGUCAUGGGCGUGCGGGCCAAGCCGCUGUAGCGAGCCUUUGUUGGCCCCAACAUGGCCCCAGCUGCUACCACCACAACGCUAGCACCAGCUGUGGCGGCGCAGCCCGGCCGUUGUUGUUAUCAGGGCUGGCUCCCUGUAUGCUUAAAGUUAAUCCUCCUUUAGCACGCUCAAUUGACGACAUCCAUCCAUUGACAUACACGUAUGUGUGAUUCGUGAUACAUGAC